AUGCCAAUCUGCACAACAUGCACAUACAAAAUAUCCCAUCUUUACACAGUGUAUGAGUCAGCAAACAACCUUCGUCUCGAACAAUGUCCAAAAUGUCUAAACUUUGCCGAUCCAUACGUCGAGCACGACUCACUCACAUUGCUUCUUGAUCUGAUUUUACUCAAACGAGACGUCUUUCGGCACCUUUUGUUCAAUAGAGGAUACCAGCCGAGACGUGCUUCGAAGGCCUCAAGUCCGUCAGAAGCCGACAAGAAGGAUCGAACACGGAUCAUUGAAUUACAGAGAGAAAAGGAUCGUUGGGAACUGAUCUUCCAACUCGGGAUUGUCCUCAUUUUCGUGGAUGCUUAUGGUCACAUCUCAACAGAAACAAUUGCAUUUCACUUAGGCAUUGCCCUAAUGUCUGCGGCUGUCUUAAAGAGUAUUAGACUAUGGAAGUCAAUACUAUCACAAGUUCCAUUGACACUGUUGUACUCUUCCCUGACAAAGCUAUUUCUACUGCUCCUUCUGGCCCUCUGGAAGCCAUCUUCGGUUCCUUCCAGUCAACCUUCCUUGCCAAGGAAUACAACGGAAGCGAGUUUCUUUCGCGAUCUGAUGGCACAUGAUGUCACGCGAAGGGCGCUAGAAAUGCUUGAUGACGACAAGCUCGAUCGAGAGUGGGUCGUGCGGAACGUCCUCGGUGGUAUGGCGGCUGGAUUUGGCUUGCGAGUCGUGCUGGACAUCCAACCGGUAUUUACGACAAUAAUCAUUCUGACCGGAUGGGCUGCAAAGACGUUCGUCGCAGCUGCUGUUUCAACGUGGGUGAAUAAGGGAGACCUGACGGGAGAUGUCUUUCUGGCAUAUAGCAUACCAUAA